GAACACGGAAGUGAUGGCAGCGCCUUGGGAGCAGGUGGAGGCGGUGACCGCAACGUGUGAGACAGGAACUCAACGCCGACGGGUGGGGGCUUGCAGAAAGGCGUCCGCCCUUUAAGAUCUACACGAGGUGCAGGAGUGGCUGGGCCUCCCUUCUCCACCUUAGCGAGCACUCAGAGUGAUGGCGAUGGUGAUGGCGGCAGUUACUCGGACAGCCCCAGUUAAGCUGCGCUCUGAGAGAGACAUCCAGAGAGUGCCCAGAAGAAACUUCCUGCUGGAAAAACUGAAAAAGCAGUAUUUAUAACACUGGAAUUUGUGGAUAAUUUGUUAAAAUGGCAGAAAAUAGUGAAAGUAUUAGCAAAAAUGUAGAUGUAAGGCCCAAAACUAGUCGAAGUAGAAGUGCUGACAGGAAGGACGGUUAUGUGUGGAGUGGAAAGAAAUUAUCUUGGUCAAAAAAGAGUGAAAGUUGUUCAGAUGCUGAAACAGUGAAUGCUGUAGAGAAAACCGAAGUUCCUUUAAGGAGCCAAGAAAGGAAGCACAGCUGUUCAUCCAUCGAGUUGGAUUUAGAUCAUUCCUGUGGGCAUAGAUUUUUAGGCCGAUCUCUUAAACAGAAACUGCAAGAUGCUGUGGGGCAGUGUUUUCCAAUAAAGAAUUGUAGUGGUCGGCACUCUUCGGGGCUUCCAUCUAAAAGGAAAAUUCAUAUCAGUGAACUCAUGUUAGAUAAGUGUCCUUUCCCACCUCGAUCAGAUUUAGCCUUUAGGUGGCAUUUUAUUAAACGACACACUGCUCCUAUAAAUCCCAAAUCCAAUGAAUGGGUAAACACAGACUUGUCUCAGAGUGAAAUGAGGGAUGGUCAGCUAAAACAAAGAAGAAACGUGGAAGAAGAGGUAAACUGCUUCUCACAUACCAAUGUUCAGCCCUGUGUCAUAACCACCAACAGUGCUUCAUGUAGAGGUGGUCCUGUGACCGGCUCUGUGAUGAACCUGGUUUCAAAUAACAGUAUAGAAGAUAGUGAUAUGGAUUCAGAUGACGAAAUUAUAACACUUUGCACAAGUUCCAGGAAAAGAAACAAACCCAAAUGGGAAAUGGAUGAAGAAAUCCUGCAGUUGGAAACACCUCCUAAAUACCAUACCCAGAUUGAUUAUGUCCACUGUCUUGUACCAGACCUCCUUCAGAUCAAUAACAAUCCAUGUUACUGGGGAGUUAUGGAUAAAUAUGCAGCUGAAGCUCUACUAGAGGGAAAACCAGAGGGUACCUUUUUACUUCGAGACUCAGCACAGGAAGACUAUUUAUUCUCAGUUAGUUUUAGACGCUAUAGUCGUUCUCUUCAUGCUAGAAUUGAACAGUGGAAUCACAACUUUAGCUUUGAUGCACAUGAUCCUUGUGUCUUCCAUUCUCCUGACAUUACUGGGCUCCUAGAACAUUAUAAGGACCCGAGUGCCUGUAUGUUCUUCGAACCACUUUUAUCCACUCCUUUAAUUCGGACUUUCCCCUUUUCCUUACAGCAUAUAUGCAGAACAGUUAUUUGUAACUGUACAACUUAUGAUGGCAUUGAUGCCCUUCCAAUUCCUUCUUCUAUGAAAUUAUAUCUGAAGGAAUAUCACUAUAAAUCAAAAGUUAGAGUACUCAGGAUUGAUGCACCAGAACAAUGCUAGGGAAGGUGUGGGAAUAUGGGACUGAUUAUAUACAUAUUUUCAUUUAAUAUUUUAUUUUUCUUAUGUCACUUUGAAUUUUUCUACAAGGGCAGUUGAAAUAAAUCUCUGCCCUAAAUUUUACUUCCAGAUCAGUUUAUUUUUCUUAUGAUAAACUAAUUGUUUAAAGUUACACACUAGGGGUUAAUGAAUAUUUUUGACCAGGUGUUUGGUUUUUGUUUUUAC